GUAGGUACUCACAAAAAAACAGUGAAGUAGAUACUGCCAUUGUCUCUGCUUACAGAUGAAAAACUGAGGCUGCGACUGAGACAUUUACAUAGGCAAGCAGGGCUUCAAGCCCAGUUCUCCCUGCUACAAAGGCCAGUGCUGUUAUGCUCCACGGGACAGAAUGUAGGCCCAGAUGAGUGGUUUCUAGGGAAAUGUGAUUUUGGAGACACAUUUAAUCAAGUCAGGCACCAAAAUGCUAACACUCUUUCCUGGAGAGAGAAAGGCUAAGAUCUCUUUUACCCAAAGAACUCCAUCUGCAGGCGUUCGGCAGACCAGUAUUGCUUCCUUCUUCACCUUGCAGCCAGGAAAGAUAAAUGGUGGUGAUGAGAGGAAUGUUUCAUCUCAUGCAGAAAGUCAGACCAGCAGACAGUCUAAGAAAGAUGCAACCCAGCUAGACCAUCCGAUCCAGGGCCUGGGGGGUGAUUGCAUGGCACCCCCUUUUGCCACUUCAACCCCUGCAGACAUCCAGGAAGGUGGACUUUCUCCUCAGUCCCUCCAGGCUUCUGGUCAACACAGAACGGGAACCCCAAUCUUGACUGAGUCUUUGUUCCAGCCCGAUACCUUAGUCUGUGCUGGAGAGAAGCAAGACCCACUGGCUUGUUCCUUCACCCAGGACUUGGAAAGUUCUUGCUUGCUGGACCAAAAGGAGGGACAGAAGGAUUCUUCCUGGAAAAGGGAAUGGCUUUGUGGAUCUAAGAAAAAGAACUGUCAGGGCACGAAGAGAUGCAGUAAACCCUCUCGGGGCAAGGGCCAUCAGCCCUGGGACAAGUCUGCAUUGGGAAACAUGUCUGCCCAAGAAAAUAGGCAGGCCCCUGUCCUCUUUCAAACACACAGAGACUUCUGGAGUGGAGAAAACGCAGAAGCAGUGAAACAAAGUUCUUGUCCUGUUUCUGUGUUUUCCUGCGACAGUGAAAAGAAUGACAGGGACUCCUGGAGUCAGCUUUUCACUGAGGAUUCCCAGGGCCAGCGGGUCAUUGCCCACCGCUCUAGAGCUCCUUUCCGAGAGAUAACCAACAGCCAGAACCAGGGCCUAGGGCCCUUUCCCCACAGCUCUGUGGCUCAGUGUCAGGCCAGGCCUGUUCAGCUAUGUCUGCAGCCUGAUUUGCUCUUUACCCAGGACUCUGAGGGCAAUCAAGUUAUCAGGCACCAAGUCUAAAUGUCUUUCAGCGUUUGCUUUUAAAAAUAUCUUCAGAAGGGGUUGAUGGGGAUUAUGUUUAUGUUUGGGUAAGGGGGAAGUGUGUGUUGAAGCUGUUAUUGAGCAUUUUCUUUAUGUAAAUAAAGCAGGUGGUGACACCUGAGAUAAUAUGGUUGGCAUCAUGCCUUUCCAUAAAUUAGGGCUGGUUGGUAAUUCUCUGCACAAAGCUAUGGUUACCACCAGGGAGGCAGGGCAGGUCCUUAUUCCUCCACCACAGAGCCUGUAGCGAGCCACCUUUCUGCUCUUUCAGAUGCCUCACUGAGACAUCGCCUCUUACAGAUAGACGUGUAUACGUUUAACCUCUGGCUGUAAUCGUACAUACUCGACCUAAGCUUGGGACCAUUAUUCCCGACACUUUGAGCGGUAAGUCAUUGACCUGGGUGUGCAGGGGGACAGAGAGGUAGAGGGUAGAAUGAUGGCAGUUUAAUUUUUAAUUUUAUUUUUGUGAUAACUUUACAGCAUUUUAAAAUUAUAUGUUUAAACAUCUCCCUUAAAAAGCUUGGGCUAGAUAACAAUCUAGAUGUGAUUACAUCACUGAUACUAUAAAGUAGGAGAUAACUCCCUUUGUAAAACUGAGUCCAAUUAAAUGACUGUUUACAAAGCUGGCUCUGAUGGUAAUUAAAACAUUACCAAUUUUAUUUUUGAAAAAGGAACUUUUUAAUGUUAUUGCUGUGGGUCUGAUCUCAAAGGAAUCUAACUUGACCUGUGUUCUAUCCAGGAUUUUACUCAUCAGGUAGCAGUUUCCCGUGAUGCAGGUGUGGAACCUAAGAGGCUCCAAGGGGGCAAGUUGUAAGAUGGAACUGCUUUGGGAGCUUAGGACAGAAUCUCUACAGAAAGGGACACAGCCAGGAU